CUCCUCCUGUACUGUAUAAUCUGGCAAAAUUACUUACUCUCGGUACUUGAAGAACAUCUGUCUAUCACUUGGUUAAUUGCCGAAAAGAAAUGUGGCUUAGGAAUGGUGGUAAAUGGGCGUAAAUAGGAGCGUAGGUAUCAUCGUACGAGGGGCCAAUGGGGAUGGCCCACGAAUGGCCACGUCUGCGCCCUGCACAGCUUCCAAUAUCAACUCGUCCAGUCUGUAACACCAACUUCUACAAUGAGGGUGGGAGUGUCCUUCGCUGUCUUGUUGGCCACCCUGGCCAUGGCCGUCCUGGCCGAUGAGGACAUUACGAAGGACGAAGGUGUCUUGGUGCUCACCAAAAGCAACUUCAAGAAAGCCAUGGAAGAAAAUGAAUUCAUCCUCGUCGAGUUUUAUGCCCCAUGGUGUGGUCACUGCAAAGCCCUUGCUCCUGAAUAUGUGAAAGCUGCAGCAAAACUAACAGAACAAGAAUCUGCUAUUAAAUUAGCAAAGGUAGAUGCAACAGAAGAAACUGAACUUGCUGAAGAACAUGGUGUCCGUGGCUAUCCCACCCUCAAAUUUUUCCGCUCUGGCAAACCCAUUGAAUACAAUGGUGGUCGCCAUGCUGACGACAUCGUUAAUUGGCUUUUGAAGAAGACUGGUCCUCCUGCAAAGACGCUUGAAUCUGUGGAAGAUGCCAAGGCAUUUAUUGCUGAAAAACCAGUGGUAAUCAUUGGUUUCUUUAAGGAUCAGGAAUCUACUCCUGCUAAGGAGUUCUUGUCUGCUGCAUCUGCCACUGAUGACUUUCCAUUUGGUAUUACAUCUGAAACAAAGCUUUUCUCAGAAUAUGGAUUGGAAGGUGAUGGUGUGAUUUUGUUUAAGGACUUUGAUGAAGGAAAGAAUGUUUUUGAAGGAGAGGUAACAGAAGCAGAGUUGACAAAGUUUGUAGCAGCAAAUUCAUUGCCUUUAGUUGUAGACUUCAACCAUGAGACUGCUUCAAAGAUCUUUGGAGGUGAAAUAAAAUCCCAUCUUCUAGUUUUCUUGUCAAAGGAGGCUGGUCACUAUGACACGCACUUGGAAGCGUGCAAGGGUGCUGCUAAAGGUUUCAAGGGACAAGUUUUGUUUGUAACGAUAAACACUGAUGAGGAGGACCACUCUCGCAUCUUGGAGUUCUUUGGAAUGAAGAAGGAAGAGGUUCCAGGCCUUCGCAUCAUAAAGUUGGAAGAAGAUAUGGCAAAGUACAAGCCAGAAACGUAUGAUCUGAGUGAGAGUGCAUUAGUUAGCUUUGUACAGAGCUACUUGGAUGGAAAGUUGAAGCAACAUCUUCUGUCUCAAGAACUUACUGACGAUUGGGACAAGGAGCCUGUCAAAGUUCUGGUAGCAUCUAACUUUGAUGAAGUAGCUUUCAAUAAGGAGAAAGAUGUCCUGGUGGAGUUCUAUGCACCAUGGUGUGGUCACUGCAAGCAGCUGGCUCCUAUCUAUGAUCAGCUGGGUGAGAGAUACAAAGACCACGAAACUAUUGUUAUUGGCAAAAUGGAUGCAACUGCGAAUGAGCUGGAGCACACGAAAAUCCAGUCAUUCCCUACACUAAAGUUAUAUAAAAAGGAAACUAAUGAGGUUAUUGAAUACAAUGGUGAACGAACUUUGGAAGGAAUUUCCAAGUUUCUGGAAACUGGUGGUGUAUAUGGCCAGGCAGCCCCAGAAGACACGGAGGAUGAUGAGGAAGUUGAUGAAGAGGGUGAUGUGCCUGCCAAGGAUGAACUUUAAGUUCAGUAAAGUGCCGAUGAUGAUCAGUAGUCCCUAUGUCCGAGCAGUGGGUGCUAGUGGUUUACCGGCAUUGUAAAUGCUGUUGACAAAAGAAUGCCUAUUUUAUAAUUUUCUUUUGCCUUGUUUAAACCAGCAAAGGCUAAGAAAGUUAAUUGGUACUAAUUUAUAAUAAGGAAUCCUAUAAACAUAACGUAGGGGGUGCCUAAUCCUAAGAAGUUACGUUCCAGGUAACAUCUUAUGGUUAAUUAAUGUUUAGUGUUAAUUUAAUUUCAUUUAAAAUGUACAAGUGGUAUGCAAAGACUUUUAUUCUAUGCUUUAAUGAAUUUUGAUAACAUUCCUUGAAAUAUUUUUCUUGGGGGUGGGGUGGGGGGGGAGGGUGAUUUUUAUACCCUAUUCUACCAUAGGGGAUGGUAAAAAUUAAUGGAGAAUUGCCAGCAUAAAAUAGUGGCCACAUAGCCACUAGCUGUCAGUGGAUGAUAGCUAUAAAUAACCAUCAGUUUUGUGCACACCUGUGGGUGUGCACAUCAGUGCUAGCUUUACUGUUGUCUUCCACAGUGUUCUCCCUGUACUAGGCACAAUGCUUAAUGUCAGUGUGUGGUGUGUUGGGAGGUUCAGAGGGUCCUCGAGUGUAUGAGAUGUACCAGCGACUUUUUUUCCAAUAAAAAUCAAAGAUUUUCUA